GUGUAUUUUGAAAAAAUAUAUGAAAUUAUGAAAUUCAAUGAAAAUUAAUUUUAUAUUUUAUAAUCAGGAUAAAUAAAGGCAAAUCUGGAUCGGACUCUGAUAUAAACGAAUUAGGCAAUAGCGAGGAAGAAUUUGACACAGUAAUUACCGAAAUUGACGAUUCUGAGGCCAAUGGAAUUGAAAAUAUUCGCAAUACCUGUUAUAAUAGAAAAAAAAAUGUGUAUAAUUUAAGACUUUAAGAGCAAAAAUGAGAUGGAAGUUUUUGAUACCUGUAAUGAAGAAAAUUUGAACGAAAGCUCUGCAGAUGGAACUUUAUGGGAAACCCUAAAAGAACGUUGUAGUAGAGUACCAGCUUAUAGGAUGUUCAAGGAUGUGUCAGGACCAACGGGUACGCAGAAAAUCGCAUUUGAAAUGAUAAUUGAUAACGCUGGAUCCGCCCCUGAUGUUGCGUAUUUUAAAGUCACGGAGUUUGAGAAAACACCUUGUUUAAAUAUGAGUGGUCAUUACAAAAAACUUAAUUAAUUAAUUAGCAAACAAAGGCAUAACAUUAAGUCAGCGUGUAAAUAAUUCCGCCACAAACAAUUAACGCACUUUAGUCAUUUAUAAUGAGGUACUAAAAUCGUGGCACACCCCAGAAAUAAAAACAAAAACAAUAAUAAGAAAAACAAGCGUACCACAUAACCAAACUCCCCAUUCAAAUUAGAUGGAGAAUUAAAUAGCGAAAAAAAUAGCUGCUAAAUGGGUGGCAACGACGGUUUAAAUGUUAUAUCAAGCCGUAGAUGAAAAUGGUGGUCAAGGUAACAAAACCAAAGAAAAACACAGAACAAAAUGUUGUUAUGGAAGAAUUUUAAUGAUAAUUACCCAGAAAAGAAUCGUACGCAUGUGUAUUUAAGUACAUACCAGAGAUGAGCACCGGUAUUGCUGACAGUUUUUUGCGUUGUAUGUAAUGUUAAUACCACCAAAAUUGUGGUGGCUGUGCGCAUACCAAAUGAGUGUGAGUUUGAAGCAAUGAGAUAAUAAGUAGUGCAUAAAAUCAGCAGCAAACAAGUUAUAUAAUAUUUAAGUAUAUUUGUAUCACAUCACAUGUGUUCAAUUAUGUUUUCAUUCGCUUCAUUAUUGAAGUUGACAAAAUUUGAUGUAAAUACAUACUGCGUAUAACAACUAAAACCAAAAUGGACCUUUUGUAAAUUCUUUCAAACAUUCUUU